CGCGUCCCCUCCUCCCCUCCCCUCGGCCUCCCUCCGCCCAGGCCGGACCGGCGCUGCCUUCUCCCUCCAGGGGCUGCCGCCGCCUCCUGGGACCCCUCGCCCCGACAUGCGACCAUGGACAGCAGGGUCAAAGAAAAUCCACAGACUACCUUCGAUUUGGUGAUACAAGUAAAAUGCCAGGCUUCUGAAAAUGAAGAUCCUGUGGUUUUGUGGAAGUUCCCGGAGGACUUUGGAGACCAGGCAAUCCUCCAGAGUAUACCCAAAUUCUGCUUUCCUUUUGACAUUACAAGGGUAACGCAUGUCGGACAGCAUUUUACUUUUGUGCUCACUGACAUUGAAAGCAAGCAAAGAUUUGGAUUUUGUCGUUUAACAUCAGGAGGCAAAGUAUGUCUCUGCAUCCUAAGCUAUUUGCCAUGGUUUGAGAUGUACUACAAACUUUUAAAUACACUGGCGGAAUAUUUAGCUAAAGAACAGGAAGCUGACUUGAAUGAUUUAUUAGAAACAUGGCAUAACCAUUCUGUGCCAGAGGCAAAUACUCCGAUCAGCUUAAAUUUGCAUUCAUAUUUUAUUACUCCUGAUUUAACUGGAUUACCAACUGUUCCUGAAAGUAGAAAUCUUACUGAAUAUUUUGUUGCUGUGGAUGUGAAUAACAUGCUACAACUUUAUGCCAGCAUGUUGCAUGAGAGACGCAUCAUUAUUACCUCCAGCAAGCUAAGCACUUUAACCGCUUGUGUCCAUGGGUCAGCUGCAUUGCUAUAUCCAAUGUACUGGCAGCAUAUAUACAUCCCAGUGCUCCCACCACAUCUCCUGGAUUACUGCUGUGCACCAAUGCCUUAUUUGAUCGGAGUUCACUUCAGUUUAAUGGAGAGAGUCAAAAGCAAGUCACUGGAGGAUGUGGUGAUGCUAAAUGUUGACACAAAUACAUUGGAAACACCAUUUAAUGACCUGAGCAAUCUACCAAGUGAAGUGGUCUCGGCCUUGAAAAGCCAACUGAAGAAGCAGUCCACCGCCACCGGGGACGGAGUAGCCAGGGCGUUCCUCAGAGCUCAGGUGGCCUUGUUUGGUUCCUACAGAGAUGCACUAAGAUACAAACCUGGAGAGCCUAUCGUUUUCUGUGAGGAAAGCUUUCUCAAGCAUCGUUCCAGUUCUACUAAACAUUUUCUGGAAACUGCGGCAAAUCUCCAACUUUUUAAACAGUUUAUCGAAGGUCGACUUGCAAAGCUAAAUGCAGGAAGAGGAUUCUCCGAUAUAUUUGAAGAAGAAAUCUCAUCAGGAAGUGGAGGUAGUAGACAUAUGCUUUAUUACUUCUUGACCACAGGAAGGUUUUGAUUAGGACACUUAAUGAAUCUCAUGAAAUGGUGACAUUAUUCAAAUUUGCACUAUUUGAAGUUAAUAUUUCUAUAGAAAAUAUAGUAAUUGGUUCCAGCUCAAAGGAAAUGGGCAAUGAUUUUUUUAAUAUAUUUUAUGUAUGAAUUAUUAAAGUAAAGGAUAAAAAGAAUAUACUUGUAAUUUAAAUGUAUGGUUAAUACAAAGUCACAGAGAAGUUAUAGAAA